ACGCUUGUGGGGUCGCUAUUACAGCGAAUUCUGGGUAAAAUAACGUGUAUCGUGUCGUAUCGUUACAGUAAAAUUUCAUCGAUAUCGAAUAUUUCUCUUCGGUACUAAUCAAGUGUCGUUUACAGUCUUGUAUCUACGUGCCUGCUUCUACUGUAGCUGUUAAAGCAGUCUAACAAUGAUUGACCUUACGGUAAAGACUUUGGAUUCACAAAAUCAUACUUUCUCCUUGGAAGACGAUCAAAUUACAGUUCGAGGUUUCAAAGAAUAUAUAGCAGAAACAGUGGCAGUACCAGCAGAUUCACAAAGACUUAUUUAUUGCGGUAGAGUUCUUCAAGAUGAGAAAAAAUUAAAUGAUUAUGAUGUUAAUGGAAAAGUUAUACAUUUGGUACAACGUGCACCGCCUCAACCUGGUCAACGUGGAAAUGACGGAGGCCAAAGUCAAAGUCAGACUCAUGGAUCACAAUUGUGGCAAAAUCCACAAAGAACACAUUACCGACUCACUCGUGCUCAAAUGCAUGGUAAUGCUAUGUAUUUGGGUGCAAUGUCAGUACCAGCUGAAAUUGUGGAAGGACAUGGGUUGCCAGUACCUCAAUUCAGCAACAGCUUAUCUAAUGGUCGAUUAAUUGCUGCAAGACACAUGCUUGAACGCGCAAAUCGUCUUAUGGAUCGACUCGAGAGCCCCUCUAAUUCCGCAAAUCUUUCUGCAUCUGAUAAUAAUCGACCACCAUUGAGUCAACUCAUGCAGGAGUCAGAGUUGGAUACAGAACAAUAUGUUUUCAGUAAUAAUGAAAAUGCAACAAAUGGUGGCGCCCGGUUGGCAGAGGCUACUGCAGCUGCAAUAGCAGCUGCCUUAUCUGCAGUUGGUGCAAACGAUGUUACAGUACUUAGAGGAAACAAUGAUGAAAAUGCUGAAUCAAGACCACUAAAUGAAACUAAUGAAGAGAAUCAAACAGAUACACAACAGCCACAACAACCACAAUCUGAACAACAAGGUUCUACAUCAAAUAAUGACGAACAAUCUAAUCGACGACCAUCAUCACAACUUCCACGACCUCCACAAUUGGCAGAAUUAUUGGACCUAUUAAUCGAUACACAAUCUCGUUUACGACCUCAUACAGAGCGUUAUUGUAAACUUAUGCGUGAUGAUCCUUCAUUACAUCCAGGUGAAAGACGCAUUGAAGAAACUCAAACAUUUGUGAAUGGUGUAAGUGAAUGCUUGCAUUAUAUGUCGCAUGCCUGUCAUGCUUUAAGCGACAUAAUUGUUGAUAUGAGUCAACAACCACCCAGGAACUUGCGAUGUAGACCAAUUAUUAUUCAACAUUCAGCUAUUUUGCAGCCCGGUAUACCAAUCCAGGUAGAGGCACACAUUAGUUUACACGGUCGUAAUGCAAUUAAUAAUGGUAAUGAAGAAAAUGGAGAAUCUGCAAGUACACUUGCGCAAUCAGAAACAAAUGAAGCUAAUACUGAUGAUGCCAAUCAACAACAAGAAUCGGAAUCUAGUACUCAACAGCAAGCUGAACAACAACAACCACAAUUAGAUUCAACACAAUCUCCGUUUGGAACAGUGUUUAACUUACCAAACAAUGUUGAAGUAUUAAUGGAAGUUAGCCCUGAAGGUAACAUAGAUGUUCCACCUGGAAGUGAACAGCCUCAAACUGGUGAAAAUAAUAAUAAUAGCAACAACAACAAUAAUAAUGGCAGGAGAAUGGAUGGUAGCACUAAUGCAUAUUGGAGCACAGCUCCUCCACCUGAUUUCUUACGAAAUUUGAUGCAGGCUGUUGCUGGUCAUAUGGUACAAAGUGGUCCAGCUACCACAAGAAUUAUAACCCGAAAUCCUCUAACAGUAAGCCAAAUAACUGCUGCAUCACUUGAUAGCGGAAACACAAAUGCUGGGCAAAGUACGCAGGCACGAAGCAAUGUUGGUACUCAUCCUACUACAGCAACACAAACUAGAAGUACAUCGCGUCCACAUGUAUUCCAUCAACAGCCUCAUCCUUUAGGUGUUGGAAUGAGUAUAGGGCAAGCAUUUGAUUUUGAUCCAUUCCUUUCUUGUAAUUCGCAUCAUAUUCGUCGCACCUCGACUACAAUUCCUAGUAUUGUUACAUCUACGUCGCAGGGAACACGAACCACUCAAACUACGCCUGAAACACCAUCCCAGGCACAAACAGCGACAACUUCAAGCGCUACUAGCAAUACCAGCUCUACAAAUACUACAGCAUCAACGACGUCACAAACAAAUGCGAUCUACGAUCCGUUAAUGUACUUACAACAACAAAUUUUAGGAGGUAGGGUUGGUCAACCACAGGCCAAUAUCAGUGUCAAUAUUAACAAUUCCAACUCAUCCGAAGGUCUUGGAAAUAUGGUGCAGAUACGUACUGGUGGAAAUAUUCGCAUAGGAAUUAUUGGAAAUAGUACUGGUAAUGCUACUGGGGGUGAUCUAACUCUUGCGGACUUGUUAGAACGUAGAGGUAUCCAAAUGAGUCUUUUCACGUCUCAAGACUCAGAAACUGCAGAAAAUUUCCUCGUGAAUUUAUCUGUCCUAGUGGUACAGAAUAUGACAUUAGAAGGUUUAAUAAGAUUACGAAUUGGUCAGUCAGAACCAAUUUCUCAUCUUAGAAGACCAUUACAAGAAUUCUUCCAGUACUCUUUCCCAAACGUUGCACCGGAAACACUUCAGGAGCAAGCUACUGAUCGAUUGUUAUCACAGUUAAGACCACAUUUCCAAUCUUUAUUAAACGCAGAAGAAGAAACUAAUACUAGAAACGGUCAACAAGUAGACAUUUGUGCUACUGUUGAAGCACUACUUCGCCGUCAUAUUAAAGAUAUAUUACAACAUCUAUUUAAUAAUGAUAUUGAUGAUACUAGAUUCGGGCAAGAAAUUUUCAAUAUUGUAAAUAAUAUGGGUAAGCAAUUAUGUGCUGUACUUCGAUACUCUAUUCGUGGCGGACAGGGAGGAUUAGAAGUAAUUGCAUCACGUUUUGUGACCGAAAUGUUAGGGAGUAUUCAUCCUACAGUACGUCGGUGGGUGCUGAAUGCAUUUAUUGCUCAGUUCCGUACUUAUUCUUUACGAGUUACACAACCUCCAGAUUCAGAAAUUGUCCCGCUUUUAAUAUACAAAAAUGCACCUUCCGAAGCAACAUCGGUUCCUUCAGCCCCAGCGCAUCAACCUUCGCAAACACAAUCGGAAACAGAGCCCAUGGAGACAGAAACUGCACAAGAAAGAACAACAUUUGAAGCAUCUUCUCUACCAGAAGAUAGAGAAGAAAUUCCAGAAACGUUCCCAGGUCAUGAAGCAUUACCUUCAGAUUGGGUACCAAUAAUUGCUCGAGAUGGUCUACGACAACGACGUCAACUACAAAUGCAAGGAAUAACAAACAGCGGUGUAGCAACACUUAGUGAUGCUUAUUUAGGUACACUACCUACUAAACGGCGUAAGCUUAUUGAACAGCAAAAGCCACGAUUAUUAGUUAGUCCUACUCCCAAUCAUUCAGCGAUAGCGGCGUCUAUGGAACGUUUAGUGAGAGAAGGUGUAACUCGAGCAGGCGUUGAAGAAGUUGAAGGUGCUGCAAUUGCUGUAGCUGUAGAUCCUGGAGUUAGACGUGCGUUCGGUCAAGCAAUUAGAGACUGCUUGAAUCCGCAUAGAUUGGGAACACCAGAUUUUCCGGAUCCUUUGCGUUUUCCUAACGCGACAAAAUAUUUUGCUGAUCAAGAUAGACCGCCAAAAUAAUGAUUACAAGGAGAAAGCAGUUCGUAAUGGCUUAGAGUAUUUAUAAAGGAGAACCCAGGUAGUGUCUAAAAAAAAUUGAGAAAUCGCAAUGACCAAGGAAUACAAAGAUAUAUUCUUAACAUGUAAUCACAAAUAUUAUUAACUCUUAUGAUUGUAUGUGUCAGUUUAACGCAGUGCGAUGAUUUUUAUAAAUACCAAAUGUUUUCAAAUAUCAUACUGUACACAAUUUGUUUAACCGAUAUAGCUAGUAAUUUUACAAAAAGUACCAUUGAUUUUUCGAUACAUAAAUAUGUUAAACAAUUAACACUAUACGUUUAUUAUUAACGCUAUAUUAUUAAAAAUUACAGAAAUCUGGCUACACUUGCUCUCUCAUUGUACUCUAAGCAUCGAGUGACCCCAAUCUGAUACUAUAAUUAAAAUACUUCUUUCAUAUUAAACUGCGUUUUCUGUAGAAUUAUUGUUAUGCAAAUGAAAUGUAUUAUUCUUAAUCGAACGACACCUGUGUAGGUAUUAUACAGAUGGUAAUAUGUAUUAUCUUGCGACCUAUGCAUAUUGUGCGCUAUUUAAGUGUUGUCGAUAUUAAAAUAUCCUUUUAAUAACGAUGAUACUACCGAUCAAUAUUAAUUGUAAUAUCCUGUAGUUCCAUAUUUGAUUUGUGAAGAAAAGGAAUAACUACGGAGUUACUCGUAGUAGUGGCUGAGGAAAAAAGAAAGUUGAUUAGACACAAUUUAGUACGUUUCAUUGUAAUCAGAAUUAUCUAAGGCUAUAGUUUGUACCACAUAAGCUUUGUUGAAUAAUACGUUGUAAACAACUAAGUAACAUGUCUCUUUGUAAUUUAUGUAGAUAAUUAAUUUUGGUUGUGAAGCGUCACACUGAAUGAUUCAGAAGCAGAAUUUUUAUACAAAUGAAGGUAUCAUAUUUUAUGUACAAUUUUGGCAGCCUGUACAAGGAAUGAUUUUAAUCAUAUUUAACUUGCAACCAAAUUUCAUCAGUUUUAAUCAUGAAAAAGAAUCUAGUAGCCUAAUGAAGAAAAAGGAUAAUUCCAAAUUAUACGUUCGUAUUAAUAUUAAGGGAUAUCGUAUGAAUAUUUGAUAGAUCGUAUAUAAUGUUAAUAAAGUAAUUGAAGUAA